CCUCGGAUCCAUAAUAGUCGAACGCAACUCAAGAUCGAAUAACUUCAUAUAUAAAACAAUACGUCGAGGGCAUACCGAGUGCCUGAACUGCCAUUGAAGCGCCAGAACGGCGCCUUCGUCCUCCUACGCGACCUUUACGAUCUACCACCGGAACGCCCGCCGCAUCCUCACACAUCAUGUCGAGUCCCCUCGCAACCGUCCUGCGGAGGAAUGUCUCCAGCUCCAAGAUUGGCGUCGUUGUAUCUGCAGGCAAAAUGUCUAAGGCUGUGAAAGUUCGAAUUGCGGAGAAGACAUGGGACAAGCACUUCCGAAAGUUUUUCCCAUCACCCAAGACAUAUUUGGUCGCCGAUCCGAACAACUCUCUUGUCGAGGGAGACGUCGUCCGCAUCGCCUCGGGAUAUCGUACGAGCAAGCAAAUCCGCCAUAUUGUAUCCGCCAUUGUCGCGCCAUUUGGUGCACCCGUUGAAGAGCGAACUCCUGUUCUUACCGCAGACCAACUCAUGGAGAUCCGCAUGAAGAAGAGGCUCGAGAAGGACGUUAGAUCAGCACAGAAAGGCAGAGUGACGAGCAUACGACGGAUCAAGGAGGCCAGACAAGCGGGAUUCGAGAUUCCGGACUUAGAGACAGCAAUGCGAAAUGUAAAGCUCGGAGAGGCGGAUGCAGUAAAAGAAGCCGACGAGGCGCACAAGGGACAAGCAGGGCAAAUAAUUACUAGCAAAGAAAGGAGGAGACAGGCCCGUGAAAAAACAAAAGAUGAGCGAAGAGCAGAGGAGAAGCUGAAGAAGAGCAAGACUCAAGAAUUGUAACUUUUACUACAUGCAGAACUUGGGAAUCUGUAGGAUACCACUUGUAUGAGGAGAGUCACUGUAUGAUACUAUCGCAUUUAGGGCGCCUCGAAAUGGAAAAUUUUAUGUAGAUAUAUUGAUCGUCGUAUUACAUAUGCUCUCAGUGUAAUUAUGUUAUACAACUUCGCAGGGUAUCGUAUAAGAGAAUUAUACCG